AUGCGAUUAAGUUUUAAAUUACCAUUUAAAUAUACAAGGGCACAAUUAGAAAUCUUUAGAUUCUCAUUUUGUCUCUUAGCCCCCAUCGGAGUCAUGUAUUAUAUCGGGACAGAUACAGAUAAAAAAUUAAACGUUCCAGGAUUUUGGCCUGAUCCUGAAACUUUAAAUAAGAUACCAAAGGAACCUUAUGAAAUUAAAGCUGAAUUGGCCAGAAUGAAAAAGGAACGGUUAGAGAAAAGAUUGAAAUUAGAAAAGAAAUUGGCUGAAGAAUAUGGGAUUGAUAUUGAAAAGGAAAAGUUAAAUAUACAAAAUGAGUUAGAUCAACAACAGCAACAUCAAUCUUCAUCUCCUUCCUCGUCGAUAUCGCAUGCUUAA